AUGGGCUCCAUUGCGAACAACGUGAAAGGAACCAAUGAAUCAACAUCGAAGCCAAGAGCAUUCGAAUAUCCGCCGGCUCCUUAUCAAGUACUAGAUCAGUACCAUUCAAAGCCAUGCAAAAUACGUGUGGCAUGUAUUGGGGCUGGCGCUACUGGGCUCUGUACUGCCUACAAGAUGGAGAGAAUGCUCGAGAAAAACUCUUGGGAGCUUACUCUUUUCGAGAAGAAUGACCAUUUCGGUGGAACUUGGUACGAGAAUACCUAUCCGGGCGUCGCAUGUGAUAUCCCCUCGCCCCUGUAUACAUUUUCGUUCGACCCAAAUCCGAACUGGUCUCAUUACUUUGCCUAUGGUCCAGAAAUCCAAGAAUAUUUUGAAGGAUUUGCUCGCAGAUAUGAUCUGGAGAAAUACAUGAAAACAAACACGAAGGUAGUGGAAGUGUCUUGGGACCAAAACCUGGGAGUCUGGAACAUUACUCUCGAGGAUCAGACAACAAAGAAAACUUGGUAUGACUGGGCGCAUGUAUUGAUUAACGGCACGGGCAUCCUCAAUACCUGGAAGUGGCCCGAAGUUAAAGGCCUCUUUGACUUCAAAUGGCCCAUGAUGCACUCUGCCAGGUGGGACCACUCUGUUAGCUUUAAGGGAAAGGCUGUCGGUGUUAUUGGUACGGGGAGUACAUCAGUCCAGAUUAUUCCUGUUCUUCAAAAGGUGGCUAAUAAAGUCGACGUCUUUAUGAGAUCGCCAACGUGGAUCAGCCCUCCUUUUGGCGCUACUGCCCUCGCCCAACUUCGAAAAGGUGUAGAGCCUCCACCUGGGCAGCGUCAGUACAAAUUCACAGAGGAGGAUAAGAAAAGGUUUCGAGACGAUCCUGAAUACUUCCUCCGAUUCCGCAAAGAGAUAGAGGCGGAGAUCAACUCCCUGUUUGAGAUGUAUAUUAGCAGGUCUGAUGUACAAGUCCAGUUCCGCGAUGUCAUCGAGAAAGAAAUGCUUCGUAGAUUGGGCCCUGGGAACGAGAAACUCAAGGAGUUUAUCAUACCCAAGUGGAGUGUUGGUUGUCGCCGCGUAUCACCUGCAGAUGGGUAUCUUGAGGCGCUAGCAUCCGAAAACGUCACGCCCGUUUUUGGUGAGAUUGAAAGAGUCACGGAAAAUGGACUGGUGGUCGGUGGUGAGGAGAGGAAAGUCGAUAUCCUCAUCUGUGCCACGGGCUUCACUCCGGCGUUCAAGCCAGCAUUCAAGGUCUUCAACGGUAAGAAAACACUUUCUGAGGAUUGGGGCGAUUCCUGUAAUAUGUACCUUGGAGUAGCUGCACCGAGGUUUCCAAAUUACUUUACAAUUGUAGGCCCCGGAGCGACUUGGUCUAAUGGCACCUUGAUCCCCGGGAUUGAGACAUCGGUUGAAUACAGCAUUAAAAUGAUAAAGAAGAUACAGACAGAAGGACUCCUAUCGGUCGCUGUAAAGCAAGAAGCACUGGAUGAUAUCUAUGAGCAUUUCGACGCUUUCCACCAAGAUACAGUUUGGAGUGAGGAAUGUAGAUCAUGGUUCAAGGACGGCAAGACGAAACGUCGGAUAUAUCUCUGGCCUGGACCUACAAUCCACUUCUUGAAAACCAUCAAAGACCCCAGAAUCGAAGACUAUGACAUUGUGUACCGGUACAGGAACAGGUUUGCUUUCCUUGGCAAUGGUACUGUAAAAGCCAGCGUCACUAAGGAUGUUCUGGGUCUGAGCCCAUAUGUUCGCAACUCAGAUCAUCCAUGGGCGAUAGAAUAG